AUGAACCAUUCCUAUUCUCUUCUAAGCCCGGAGGGCUUUUGUCUGAGGAAAAGCGCGGCAUCAGGAACAUACCGUUCAAGUGAAAACGUGGGACUGGAAAAUACCAUAAAUACCCCAGUUUUUUUCAAAACUCACCACCAACUCUCGGAAGAAUCUACAUCAAAUUCAAUUACCAGCGAAAGUCGUCCAGGCGCAAGAUCUUCUCUUGAAACUCCUGGCUCCUCAGUGGUUAUGUUACCACCAGAUACCACUUCUUCCACGCAACCCGGAACGGCAAUUACAACUGCGACACAGCUACCAGGAGCCAAAUUUCAUUCAGCAAUUUCAUUGCACACAAACGAGACUAAUUCUUUUGGAGGUGGAUCACGACCAUCCCUUUCUGCUGCUCGCGGGAGCAUGGUCACCCCACCGGCGGUUAUUGGGAUUAGCGACCAUCACCGUGGGCCGUCGAUAUUGCGACAAAAGUCGCGGUCAAUUACAGGUUAUGGAAGCGGAGUUUCGUUUAGAUCAAGCGCUAAAGCAGGGAACCAGGAAAUGUUUCGAAGUGGAGGAAGUAUUGGCCGCAACAGUAGCGUUGGAAGUAGAACACGAGCACAGUUGAUGAUGACUGGGGGGAGCCGAAGAGGCAGCGUAUACAGUGGUAUGAGCGGGUCUACAAGAAAAAGAAAAUUUGCUAGAGAAGAAGGUGCUGAUGAUGAGGUAGACGCUAUAAUUGGGCCUGAAGGGAAAGUAAUUAUGGAUUUCUGGAAUGCUUCAUCAAUGCUGAUUGAGGAAGCCAAUAAACACAAUGAAGGGGGUAACAGGAAUAACGAAAAACAAAAGCCCCACAGUACCACUGUGCAUCUUCAACAGGUACAACAACCGAGUGCAGCUCAACGGAUUUUGAUGGGCCAUGUGGGGAAAAAAAAGUCGAACAGUGACAAGAGUAGUAGGGCAAGUAAACAAAGCCGACAAAGCAAAAGAAGUAACAGCAGCAACAAUAAGAAUGAGGCUGUUACUAGCGGUCCGCGGAAGAGACUUUCAAUUGCAGCAGCUGCCGCUGUUUUUCGGCGGAUCGGGGGCCGGGUGCGAACGGCAACGCGAUCGUUUCGUAAAAGACGGUGGCAUGGACACAGCGGAGGUAACAAUCAAAAUGAGUUGGUAAAAUUGAUUGACAAUACUGUUUCAGGAAAUGUGAGCAGAGGGCCAUUGUUGGUGCGAGUUGCGACUGAAAAGUCGCUCAAAUCGCUGAAGGAUAUGGAAGAGGAAUACCGAAUGCUUAUUGCCUUUGCCGAGGAAGGAAUUGAGGGUGUUGAGAAUUUGCGUCAGCAGCAGCAGCAGCAGCAGCAAGAGGUGUCAAGUAUUUCUGCAAGUGUUGAACAGACUGAUUUGAAAACAAGUCAAACUGUAGAGAAACAAAGUGCUUCAGCUCCGGCGUUUAAUAGUCCACAACUAGACCAAGGCACAAUUCGCACCAGGUACCCGACUCCACCACCCAACCGACGGAGCUCGGAGGAGACACCAUUUUCUCCAUGGAACUUAAGCAGAUUACGAUCUCAAGAUAAAGCCAUGCAAUCCUCACGCCGUCAUAGAGACAACAUUUUUAGUCUUUUGUUGUCGGAUGAAAACAACUACUUGAACAACUCAUAUGGCCAACCGAUUUCAAAAGAAGAGGAAACUGAUGGGUCUGCUAGCACAGGGUUUACUGGAGUCACUGCAUUGACUGGACCAUUGAAUACUGGUGGCUAUGAAGGGGAGGUUACGAGUGGACAGCCACGAGCCAUGUUGACCAAGCGGCAUAGUAUCCAUGAUUUUCCCUCGAGAAAUGGAACACGGCAAAGUAUAAGACCGUCAUCUUGUUUGGAAAAAAACAAGGAGGAAGAAACAAAAAAAGAAGAGGUGACCAAGCCUAGCGGUUCCUUUAAAAAGUCUACUAAAGAUCAUUUUUUUCUAGCUGAUACUGUUCCAGAAUCCAAAAAGAAAAAGAUGUUGAAAGCUACAGAGAAUAAUAAUUGUGACAAUGAAGUAGAAGGCAGUGAAGUUUUUUCUACUACAGACGGUACGAAUGGGUCAAUUCCUCGAGGGCAACUUAAAGAGACUCAAGAAUGGAACGAAUGGAUUCACAAGCACGGGUUGGACAGGGGUGAUCGGCCUACGAUUGUUGAUGAUGUGGAUGCAAUGAAUGCUGCCAUGACUGCACAGCGACUUUCAAGUUUUCAUGUGGGAAGUUUUGACAGUGAUGAGGAGAUCAAAAAGAGCAUGGAGAGUUUGACAAGAACAAUUGCUGCUGAUGAAGAAAGAGAGAAAGACAAGGAGAGAAGACAGCAGCGUGAUAAACUGGUUUCCAUGGGUGUCAUUUACGAUGGGUAUAAGAGUGAGGAAGAAGAAAAGACGGAAGAAUCUUUAAGCUUGAAACAAGAGAACAAUGAAAAAAGGGAAGAAGCUGGUGAAGUUUCAGAGCUGCCUCAAACCACACCCAAACCAAACUCCAGUCAAUCAGAGACAUUGAUUGCACCACCCAAUUCUGCAGAGACUCCCCGAACCGUAAAUUCAAAUGGUCUUACGCGGCACCGGUCGAGCUCCAUUUUGCGAGCUAACACAAGUGCGAAUGCCGUAAGUAGUCGUGUGCCUCGGCGACGAGACGAGAUUGAAAGUUUCUGGGUGAGCAAACCGCGGCUUCCGUUUGGAUGGACAGUUGAGCGGAACAUUAAAUACCCAAACAGUAUAAACUGGCAUGAGAUUUAUUUCCGGUGGUGUUCAAGGUGUAAGGCAAGCGAGCGGGUUGGACAAAAUGUAUUUUUUAAGGAGAUUGUACAGAAAUCGCGCGACCUGUAUUGUCCUGAGCUGGAGGAAUUGGAGAUGGGAGAUUAUGGGGUUGCAUCCAUGUACUACACGGCGGAUGAUAUCCCACGAACGCUUUGGGGUGACCAGGUGUUAUCAGAGCAGUUUGAUUUAGCCAAGUGGGUAGUGGACGAGGAAAUUGAGCGGCGCGAGUUCCGUCGGGUCAAGCGGGUUGUGAUUGCACGCAAUAUUUUGACGGGUCGCUGGGGGGUUCAGAAACGGUACAAGGGAGUUCCUGAGCCGCACGAAAUUAGGGUGCAAGAAGAUGGGACUAAAAGGGUAAGGUUUUCUCACCAGUAUGAGUUUUCUGGGGCCACACGGACUGCAGAGGUUGGAAAUGCCGAGUUGGCAGACAAGUUGCCAACGCCAGUGGCUAUUCAAGGAUAUUAUGGAGGAGUUGCAUUGCCGAGCGGGUUCCCGCGAACGAAUUUAGCAUGGGCCACGUAUUUGUGCAAGAAAAAAACUCGGCUGACGCGACGGCUAGCGAUUUUGCGGAUGAACAAGAAGCUGGACAAGUACCGGUUGCGGAUACUUGAGCAGCAGUUAGUAUUUGAGCAGCCACAGUUGCGGAAACGGCGGGGGAGUUCAUCAUCACAAGGAUCGCUUGGCGGGACCUGUGGGGCAGUUGGCAUUGAGCUAGGACGCAAGUUGAAUGAAGCACGGCGGUUGGCGUUUGGGUUUGAUCUUGAGGGAAUUGAAGUAGGAUCUGAGGAGGAAAAGAGGUGGAUGGAGGAGUAUGAAAGGGUUCGGAUUCUAAAUAAACGAAGUGUGCGCAAGUUUAGUGAUGAAUAUGAGGGGUUCUUGAGGCGGAUGAUUGAGCACGAACGGCACGAGCGGAUACUGAUAGAAGAAGCUAGUGCUGUCCGAGAGAGAUCUCUGAAGGCUAGUUUGCGAUUGCACGAAGGUUUAGGUGCGGAUUAUGAUGAUGAUGAUAAUAAUAAUAAUUAUAAUAAUGACGACAUUGGAUUUAACUCUGUUAAACGUGUUUGGAAGAAACAUUUUGAUGUUGGUUUCAGACAAGAACAGGGUGAGCUUGCACGGGUUGAGUUGCAUAGUAAUGGGAUGAGUCGUAACAAUAGUCGGGCUACGGAGCGGUCGUUAUCAUUUUUAGGGUACUCUGGGUCGAGUCGCAACAUGCGAAGUGCUGAGCAACAGUUUAUAGCGAUGAGCGCGAAGAUCCCGUCGGAGCUUUUGUCUCCACGGCGGCGACCGUCGAGUGCACGAAGAUUGGUGAAUUUUGUGAGUGGUAGUAAUGGUCACUAUCAGCAGAAUGAGAGUAAUGUGAGGAGCAUGCUUUUGAAUGAAGAAAAAGAAGGAGAAGAAAAAGAAGAAGAAGAAGAAGAAGACAAAGACAAAGAAAAAGACGGAAAAGAAGGGGAAGAAGAUGGUGGUACCAAUGUUGGAGGAGCACUCAAUGGAACAAGAACCAAUUCCAAGGGGUUGGGAUGUGGUGGGGCCUGCAUAGGUGAAGAAGGUGGUGGAGUUACUGACAUUGGUACAGCAGCAGCAGGAGCAGCAGCAGCAGCAGCAGCAGCUACUACUACUACUACUACGACUACGGAAUCAGGAGUGACGAUAAGAACGCCGGCGGCGGCUGUUAGUGCUUCCAGCAGAAGAAGUGGUGGAGUUGAUAAACCCGGAAUCAUCAAGAAUAGGGGAUCUGCUCGGUUGGAUAGUAGCGGGACUAUUUGUACGAGUGGCAGUAAUGGGAGUCUUACAGGGAUUCUUAAGCGACCUGGGAGUUGCAGUGUAAGGUCGAUGAUAAUUGAAGGAUCUUCAACAGUAGCAAAACGGUCUGGAGGGUCAGUGAUUGGGGUUAUUACGGAUAACGAAGGUUGGGUUUAUGGAAGCCCCGUGGGGAGAAUAGAAUGA